CCAUGAAUAUAAACACAAACAUGUCAACUUAAAUUUAAAGCAACAUGAGUGAUUUGAGUUUUAAAUACCUGUAAUCAGUAAAAAUCAAAUAAACCCUUGCCAAUUUUAGGCUAUUCCGUGACUAUAUAUUUAAAAACCAUUGUCCUCCUCUUUUUUCUAGAUAUUCUGUCUUAUAAAUAUGUCAAUGUCCAUCUUCAUUUCUUUUCUUGGAGUGUUUUCACCUGCCUUCUUCUCCCUUCAUCAUUUCUCUCGGUAUAAGAAACUACUCUUUAAAUCUCUAUCAUACCAUGGGUGAUCAUAACAGCUCACAAGCAUCUUACAUCCAUUUGGUGCAUCAUUUGAUAGAAGAAUGUAUAGUAUUCAACAUGGGCAAAGAAGAAUGUAUGGAUGCCCUGCUCAAGCAUGCUAAUAUCAAGCCUAUCAUCACUUCCACAGUGUGGAAGGAGCUAGCGAAAGAGAACAAGGAGUUCUUCGAGGCAUACGAGAGAAGAAGAGAAGAAAUACCGACCGAGAAAGAGACAGCUCGAAGAAUCCAAGAUUUGCUUUCACGAACUUCAAUCUAAGACUACGACACCUACUUACAUAUAUGCAUGUGUGUGCAUGUAUGUAUGAAUAAACCGAUUCUAUAUACGCUUUUAAAAUAUGUAUUGUAAAUUUGUAAUCUUUAGCAGGGAAUGAAUAAUUAUUUUUCGCCAA